AAACAAUAAAAACGCGAUGCGCGUGCUUUGCGUCGGUGGGCGUGUGCGGAAGUGAUGCGUGUGGAAGGAUCUUGAUGGCAGCAGAAAAUUCUGGAACUUUCUGUUUGGUAUAAUAAAGGAUGCGAUUUGUGCUUCAGGGAGACUGUGAGGAACAGAGGAGUGUGUACGUGGGGGCAUAUUGAUGUGCUGUUGUGUCUUAAAAUAUACAAGCGGAACAUAUUAAUAAUAUAGAUAUAUAUCUGUAUAGAAAUCCAUAUAGCGGACAGGGCUAACGUAAAGUAAAACAGCGUCAGCAGUUGUCAGUAAUAAUUGUUGUUUGUUUACAAAACUAAUAUUGUGCUUUGUUGUUGUUGUUGGAAUUUGAUUGGAAAGUCAGUCGGCGUGUUUAUACUUCAAUUUUAAGGGGCCGGGAGAAGUGACCUGGCUUUGUAAUGGGGAAGGAUUAUUAUAAAGUGUUGGGGAUACCGAAAGGUUCCUCGGACGAUGAGAUUAAGAAAGCAUAUCGGAAGCAGGCUCUUCGAUACCACCCGGAUAAGAACAAGUCCGCAGAUGCCGAGGAUAAAUUUAAAGAAAUCGCCGAGGCCUACGACGUCCUGAGCGACCCCAAGAAACGAGAGGUGUACGACAAAUACGGAGAGGACGGUCUGAAAGGAAACCCAGGAGGAGGUGGUCCCACUGGCUCAAGCAGCUACACGUUCCAUGGAGACCCUCACGCCAUGUUUGCAGAAUUCUUCGGGGGCCAAAACCCGUUUGAUGCCUUCUUCUCACGCAGCAAUGGAGGGGAGGAUGUUGAUAUGGAAGACCCCUUUGGAGGGUUUGGGAUGGGGGGCAUGGGAGGCAUGGGGGGCUUCCCAAGGGGGUUUGCCAGAAACUCAAGCCAGAUGCACCACGACGGACUCGCGAAGAAGCAAGACCCUGCAGUGGUUCAUGACCUCAUGGUAUCCCUGGAUGAGAUCUACAGUGGAUGCACCAAAAAGAUGAAGAUCUCCCACAAGAGACUCAACCCGGAUGGCAGGAGCACCAGGACAGAAGACAAGAUUCUGACUAUCGAGAUCAAGAGAGGCUGGAAGGAAGGGACCAAAAUCACUUUCCCCAGAGAGGGAGACGAGACACCCAGUAAUAUCGCGGCUGAUAUAAUCUUCGUGGUGAAGGACAAGCCUCAUCCAGUUUUCAAAAGGGAUGGUUCUGAUCUCCUGUACUCGGCUAAAGUCACGCUCCGAGAGGCUCUCUGCGGAUGCACUGUUAAUGCACCUAUGCUGGACAGCCGGGUAAUUCCAGUCUCCUUUAAGGAUGUCAUCAAGCCUGGGAUGAAGUGGAAAAUCCCAGGCGAAGGGCUUCCCCACCCCAAAAACCCAGACAAGCGGGGGGACAUGGUGCUGGUUUUUGAGGUGAAAUUUCCUGACAGGUUACCGCAGAGCACAAAGGACACACUAGGACAGGUGCUGCCAGCUUAGACCAGAGUUCUUCAGAGACUGUAUCGAUACUCCUUUCAAAACACUUGCAGGCACACAAGGCCAAAAUGAACAGGAAACAUGUAAAUGAUGAUUUAAUGAUGUGUUAUUUUUGUCUUUUUUUUUUUUUUUUUUUUUUUUAUUGGAGGUAAUUGAAAGUGCUGCUUUUAUCAUCUAUCUUUCAUAGUAUAAAUUUAAUGUCAGAUUUGAUGUUUUGUCAUUCUAUUGUUUUUGCUUAGACCUCAGUCAACCCCCCCCAUGCUUACGAACUAUUCCAGCAAAUCAACCACGAGAAGUCUUUUCAGAAGCAAUUUUUGCUGGCAAAUAAUGAUCUAAGCAGAAAUAAUAUUGAAUUGUACAGAACAUGUGUAAUAGGAUAUUAAUAAUAAUAAUAGUAGAACAAAAAUAGAUGAUACGAAGUUUCUGUUUAAAAGGGUAAAGAGCAAAAAAAUAUUUCCCUUGGUAUUGAAUAAGAUCAUUCAUACUCGCUGGUUCAGUUGCUCCAGAUUAUUAUUCUUGCUCACUUGGAACUUUCAGACUUUUCAUAGAAUUGGAACCACAGCCACACGGCGGAACAAGAAGGUUGAAUAGCAACAGCACUCGGAAUGACCGCACAUAUCUUUAAGAAGAGAGUGGUAUCAACACAUGUUGAAGCUAUUUGUCAGUUUCAAAAGGGGCACAUGUACACAAUUACUAUUGGAACUGCAUAUGGCACAAGAAGAAUAUGAACAUUUAGUACAAAAUGUAAAUACAUAUAUUGUAUGUUUAAAAUAUAUAUAUUGUAUGUUUUAAAAUAUAUAAAUAUAAAUAAAAUUUAAUGGGCUAACCAAGUUGGCUCUUGUACUGCUGAGAGCCAGUUUGAAUAUUGGUUCUGUAUGGAACCUAAAUACAGCCCAUUUUUACAGACUGACAUGAAAAACAAGCUUAUUGAAUUCAUGCGAUGAGGUAAGGCAUCUGCUGGACAAAAAAUUUGAAACAUCUGCCAUAACAUUGUCAGAGAGGAAAGGAGGUCCAUGGGCAACCAAGACGGCAUUGAUUCAGCAAGACAAGUCUUCAGGUUCUUUGAAUUGUUCAGGAGGAAUACAGGAUUAUCCCUCACAAAGCCUCUCAUAUUGUAGUGGUUGGAUAGCUUCAGCCCAGUGUAGUCAUGCUUGAGUCCCUUCAAAAGCUGUCAUUUGGGCAGGCUUAGUUUUGGAAUCACUCACCAACCGAUUUUCGAUUCCGGCCCUCCAACAGUUGGAUAGGGAGAUGCAACUUUUCCAUAUUUCCAGAACACGUUAGGGAAUCUGUGUACAUAACAAAUGUAUGGUGAGUUUCAGCCCAUUGCUCUUAAUGUUCUAAAGAUGACCAGGGCUUCUAAUAUUUUGUUCAAUUCUAUGCAAUUCUACUGUUGCAUAGGGAGCUGUUCAGUCCUGGGCUGGUUCUAUGUGUAUCCUAUACUGAAGUUGAUAAUGAGAGAGACUUGUUCUGGGAUAUCAAUUCAGUACAAAAGGAUACUUCUGUGUUGGCAUCUCCUCAACGUUUUAUUUUAUUAUUAUUUUCAUUUAUAAUUCUUUUUUAAUUCUGCUUUCUGAUUUGUGAGGCAAGUUUAGUUUAAUGAACAUAAAAUACUUCACUAAAAAUUCAAAAGAUUGCAUUUAAAGAUUGGUAUUUUAUUUGGCUUAAAAAAUUAGGCCCAUCCGAAAUGGUAUGAGGCCUCAAAAUGUUUGUUUGUGAUUUGGGCAUACAAUGUUGUUGGCUUAAAUGAGACUGGCUGAUUGAGUGAGUGAUAAGGCCUGUUGUGUAUAUAAAUCUGGUAACUUUUAAAUAUAUAUUUUCACAUGUGCAGUGUUAAAUAACUGGCGUUUUACAUAGGAAUUCAGUACUUUAGUGUGUGGUGUGUGUGUGUGUUUUUUUUUUUUAAAUCCACUGUGUUCAGUAUUAGAUUAAGCUUUUGAGACUUGAAUCUGAAACCUUUUCACUGUCUUUUUAAAGAGAAAUACCUACUGCCUGUGUACAAUAUAUUAAUUCCAAAAUUAGGGAGCUUCCAUAUGAAAAAGAAAGGCUAUUCAUUGUGUUGAAAACAUAUCUGAAAAACAGUGCCAACAAAACACUGUUAAACCUGAGUUUCAAUACCAAUGGGUCAGUUGCAGCGUACCAGUUAUUUAGUCUACAUCAAGUGGACUAAAAUGCGGACCAGAAAAUCCUGCAUCGCUGUACUAACUUCAUCCUAAUUGCAGCGUACCAAACACAUGAUCCCGCUAAUUGGUUUAACUGAUCGGAACAAGUUAGGCUGAUAAUGGGGACUAACCUACAGCUGUAGCCAAAAGUUCUGCAUCCCCUAUAGAAUUAACACAUUUUGCUUCAUAAAGUAGAAUGAAACUUGUUUAAAUAAUGUUAUGUUAAUAUAUUAAAUUACAUACCACUUUAGUUUUUCAUAUACUUAACAAAAAAAAACUGACAAAGUGGUAAAUGUGACGUUUCAAAAUCUAACAUGAAACACUGUACUGCAGACUUCCGGUAGACUUCUGCGAUAUCAUUUUGUAGUUUCUUUCACUAUAUGAUAAAUAAAAUAUCAGUUAUGUUCAUAUAGCUUUUUUUUUUUUUUCCCCCCUCUCAAUCCUAAAAUUUAUCGUUGUAUAAAUCCUUCUUUACUAAUCCGAUAUGUAGAAUUCAGUGUUGGAUAAAUAUAAAGGGAUCCCUGUAUAAAGAUGCAUUUUUAUGACAUCAAGCAUAUUUAAGUAAAAAUAAAUGUCCUGUCUUUUUCUGGCACUUUUCAAACUGGUGGAUCAUAGUGUAAUUGCAUUUAAGCUGCCGACACUGCUGCGUAGGCAGAGAAAACUUUAAUUGUGUGAUAAUGGACCGUUAGUUGUUUUAUAGUUAAAGCAUAUUAACUGAAAUUGUAUUGCGUUAAACUGAAAACGGUAUCAAAGGUACAUGAUUAAAAAGUUUAUUUAAAAUGUAAGGCCUAUAUAUAUUGCGCAAGACUUUCUUCUCACGGAUCUGACUGCCCAAAUGGGACGAGCAUAAGAAAUGUACAGAAUAAAGUUUUCAGAUGUACUUGGCAUGUUAGAGGAAAAAUGCAGCUGUCUGCAAAAAAAAUGUAAGCAGUAAAUGCUUAGGACAAGCAAACGCACUAAGGCAGUCUUAUCCUUCACUUGAACAGGGCCAUCAUGAAUCUGAUUUGGUACGCUGCCAUCGGGAUCUUGUUUAGUCUGAUUUAGCAGAGGAUCUACCUGUGAUGAUUAACUUCUGGUACGCUGCAAUCGGGAUUAGAAGGUGUCCUAACUAGUCCAAUCAAGUGGACUAAACCUGCUUGAUCCAUCAAGUGGACUAAAUUUGGUAUGCUGCAAUUGACCCCUUGUAUUUUAAAAUAAAUAUAUUCUAUUGUGAGCAUUGUUUUUAAAUUGUCAAAUGACUUGUUUCACAGACCUCAAUUAGCACUAGUCUAAAGUAAUUUAAGAUUGGUGCUAAUUGUGUUCUUUUGAAAUCGGACACCAACCGUGGUUGAAGAAAAGGGUUUAAUACCAGGAGGUUCCAGGUUUAAAUCCUGGCUCACUGUGUGUGACCCUGAGCAAGUCACUUAACCUCCUUGUGCUCUGUCCUUCGGAAGAGAUGUAAAGCCGAGACCCUAUUCUAACUCUGCACCAGCAGUUGUUGAUGCGUAGUUCACCUAGUCUAAAAGCGUCUGCUGAAUCAGUGUUUCCCAACCCUGUUCCUGGCGGCACACUGUCUCCUGAUUUUCGUUCCAAUGCGGCGCUCAAUUGCUUAAUUAAACCCUUUAUUGAAGUAAAAGGGAUUAACUGGGCAUUUUCACGUUAUUGUUGAUAUGGUUCAAUUAAGCAAUUGAGCGCUGCGUUUGAAAACCAGCAGACCCGGUGUUCCACCAGGAACAGGGUUGGGAAACGCUGUGCUAAAUGACUAAUGUAAUUAAGUGUAGAUUAACAGCUUUAGUAAAAAUAACUUUAAACUUAUAUUCCACAAUAUAUUGUAUUUUUCAUUUAUGGGACCAAAAAAAAAAAAAACAUUCCAACUAUAUUUGAACUGUAAAUGUGCUGUAUAUUAGCAUUUUCAUAUGGAACUCUUGGAACAUGCUCAAUAAAAAAAAUAAAUAAAUCUUACUGAAUUUCUAUGUAAUUUCUCACUUGUUUUGAAUUGGUUACAUGUGGAAUGAACUUUAGAGUCUCGAUAAAACAUGAAAAUGGAAUUCUAUGUCAAGAGAACACUUGGAAUUUUUUUAAUUUAUUUUGAACUGUGCCAAAAAAGAAAGAAAGUAUUAUGGUGUAUUAUUGUUUGCUAUUUUCAAAGAGGGGUAUUGAAAUAAAACUUUUGUUUAUCUCA